AUGGUAACAGUACAUAUGCACAUUUCUUGUAGUUCAUCAGCUGAUAUCCAUGAUCAGAUAAUUAAAAGAAACAUUCAAGCCAAGGAUGGAGUAAGGAAAGAAUUCAACAAGAGAAGCAAGAUUAAGAAACACUUCAGUGAUGACAGUUUCAAAGUGUUCACAGUGAGCUCCAAAGAGUUCCUAAAAGGGAAGCAUCUAAGUCCAGAAGAAACUGAAAUACCCAAACUUAAAGGAUUUUUGCAAGAGCUCAAUGACUGUCACUCAGAGACAGUAAACUAUGUGAGUGGAGCUUAUGGGAUUCUGUCUUUGAUUGAAGGUGCCAGGCGCAGAAAAGAGGGUGCUGGAAAAGCAGAUGAUGUAUGUAAAGUUCUCGAGAAAAACAUGACAGAACAACUUGAUCAAGUGAAAAAAGCAGUUGAAAAAGCGAUCAAGGAUUUUGAACAGUGUCUUACAGAAGGGGUUAAAAAUUCCAAAACCUCUGAUGAAAAACUGAAAUCCUUUUUGGACCAUGAUAAACAGCCUAGUUUUUUCAAGACAGUGGAGGCUGUGGUUAGGAAAGACGGCAUGCACAAAACAAAAAAAGGGGAACACAUAAAUCUCAACACAGUAUUAGCUUCAUGCUUGACUGACAGCAUUGAUGAAAAAUUCAGAAAGACCUUCCCAAAUGAUGUUAAAGGCGGAUCUUUCAAUGGAGUCAUCAGUAGAUUUUCACUUGACACAAAGUCACUGAUUCAAAAAUACCAAGAUGUCAAACUGCAGCUGAUAUUUCUCCAGACAGAGGAGGAUAAAAUUAAGGCAAAACUCAACAAAAUAAUCCUAAAGGGGAAGAAAGUAAUCUACAACAGUCUAACAGAGACAUCUGAGAAAAACAUGAAAAAGUGCUAUGAAGAUGCACGAAAAAUUUCAGGGAAUGAUGCACUGAAAAAAAUGAGGAAGACUAUUGAGACACAUGUAUCCUCAAAUAGGAACAUUUAUGAGGACACAAAAGAGACCAUGAUGAAGAAGAUGAAUAUAUUGAUGAUUUAUCAAAUUAUAACAUAUAAUGAGACCAAGUUGUGGCAUUACAAAGAUUUAGUCUGCAAUGAUGAGCUGAACUGA